AUGGUAAUCAUGGGCUCUUAUGCAUCGGAAUGCCCCGACUUUUGCAACGAGCAGGUUGUUCAACGCAAUCGUCUUCCCACACGAGCUUAUUGGAUCCCCGAGGAUUCUCUUCUUCUAAACGGAAGCUGGGAUUUUCAAUAUGCACCAACGCCUUUUCAUGAGGUUGAGGACUGGAAUUCAAUUCAAGUGCCAGGCCACUGGCAGUUACAAGGAUAUGGUAGGCCUCAAUAUACCAAUGUUCCCUAUCCUUUCCCUGUAGAUCCGCCAUUUGUUCCGACUGAAAACGCGGUUGGGACUUACAAAAAGUCAUUCCGGGUCCCAUUGAGCUGGACGUCUCCCGCCCAGAUACGAUUGAGGUUUGAUGGCGUUGACAGUGCCUUCCAUCUUUUCAUCAAUGGGGAGCAGAUUGGCUAUAGUCAAGGCAGUCGAAAUCCCGCCGAAUUCGAUCUUACCGAUCACAUUCUUCUCGAAGACGACAAUGAAAUUAUGGUUCGAGUGUAUCAAUAUUGUGAUGGGUCAUAUCUUGAAGAUCAGGAUCAAUGGUGGUUAUCCGGUAUUUUCCGGGAUGUCUACCUCCUAGCUUUCUCAGCCAACGCGAGAAUCGAGGACUUUUUUGUGCAGACCUGGCUGGAUGGCAACUACGAAGAUGCCGCAUUACAGAUUGGCCUUCAACUUCACCUUGACGCUACAUCGACAAUCAAGAUCAAGGUCCGAGACCAUGAUUCCUCUCUUAUCGGACAAGCAGUAGAGUCAGUUCCUGCUGGAUUCCCAAAGAUCGACAUCAAAAUGCAUGUUUCAAAUCCCAAGAAGUGGACGGCAGAAACCCCUUAUCUGUAUGACCUUGAGAUUACCCUCGCCUCCCAGAAUUGCAGGUCCCAAAAGAUUCAACACAAGGUCGGCUUUCGGCAGGUGGAGCUUCGAAAUGGAAAUAUCACAGUGAAUGGUAAAGAUAUUCUUUUCCGCGGCGUCAAUCAUCAUGACUUCCAUCCAUUGAAAGGACGCGCAGUACCACUGGAAUUCCUGAAGCACGAUCUCGUUUUGAUGAAGCAACACAACGUUAAUGCCGUUCGCUGCUCUCACUAUCCCUCUCACCCCAGAUUCUACGAUCUCUGUGACGAGAUCGGAUUAUGGGUGAUUGAUGAAGCCGACCUCGAGUGUCACGGUUUCAUUAGAGGUGACGUGGACAUGAAGAAUGUGCCUCAGGAGAUAUGGCAGAAAGACGGCGCAGAUUCGAUCGAAGAGUAUCUUAGUCCUACCCUAGCCAAGUACACCAGUGACAAUCCUGCUUGGCGAGAAGCAUAUUUAGACCGCAUCAGUCAAAUGCUUCAGCGAGACAAGAACCACCCCUCUAUCAUCAUCUGGAGCCUCGGGAAUGAGGCCUGGUACGGAUGCAAUCAGGCCGCCAUGUACGAGUACGCUAAAAAGCAUGAUUCGACGCGCCUCGUUCAUUACGAAGGAGACAGGAAAGCCGAAACCACAGAUAUGUGCUCAUACAUGUACCUUGAACUCAAUAAUUUGGAGCGGAAAGCAUUGGCGGAAGGUGAUGAGUUUACCAAGCCUAUCAUCCUGAAAUAUUUCACAAACAUCGGCGACUGCAAGGGGGGAUUUAUCUGGGAGUUUGCAAAUCUCGGAUUGUGGAAGGAAGACAAAGGCUAUUACGCCUAUGGAGGGGACUUUGGCGACUAUCCAAACGACAAAACAUUCGCGUUGGAUGGGCUCUGCCAGUCCGAUCAUACCCCCGGCCGUGGCAUUAUUGAGUACAAGAAGGUCAUCGAGCCAGUGAAAAUGAAAAUCAGUGAUGGCAGGCUGUCGCUUCAUAACCUACAUGAUUUUGACUGGUUAGACAAUCUCACUCUAGUCAUAGAGUUAGCGAAAUUCAACGGCCGUGAACAAGAAAUGAUUCUUCUCGAACGCAAACCAUGUCCUACCGUCCGACCUUCUGAGACUAUCACCCUGCUUCUCCCAGAGCUUCCUGAUAUCCAGAAAGAUGUUUUAGAGUGCUACCUCAACAUCAGUAUCCAGCUCGAUAAUGCUACAGCAUGGGCCAAAAGUGGUCACGAAGUUGCAUGGUACCAACAACUAGUCAAAAGACGCGAAUGGCCAACCUUGACUGCUGUUGUUCAGCACAUGCCGAUUGAACUUCAGGAAUCUAAGAACUCCUGGAUGGUUACAGGAUGCAACUUUUUUAUUCAAUUUGACCGGGUCAGAGGCUGUUUAGCUGACUGGAGACUGGGUGGUCAACCGGUGUUCACUUCAGCACCAACUCUUGGAACCUGGCGACCCCCAACAGAGAAUGACAAGAAAUACGACGCGGCGCGAUGGAGUGACUACGCCCUGGACAAUCUCCAACGUCGUGUAAUCUCAAUCUCUCUGCGGUCCGUUAGCACAGAUCAUCUGGAAAUCAUCAUCGAGGCUUAUAUCGGUGCUGUCAUUCGGGACUGGGGCUUUGUGACCACAAUCAAGUACGCAAUUCACGGAGACGGCACAAUGAUUAUCGAACACCACAUUCGUCCUCGCGGAUUCCAUCCUUCUAUCCUCCCUCGUUUGGGUCUUGAUAUGCAACUCCCUCCUGACUUUGAGACUGUGGACUGGUUUGGAUGUGGACCAGAGGAGUCCUACGCCGAUAAACGCAAUUCUCAAAGGGUAUCCUUGCACAGUCGAACCCCUGAUCAACUCUAUACCGCAUACGAAUAUCCACAGGAAAGUGGUAAUCGUGCAGGAACGCGUUGGCUUUGGCUAGGAGGCAGUCGGAAUGUGGGGCUGGUUGUGGCGCGAGUGGAUGAAUCUGGCAAUGCAGGGGGCGAAUUUGACUUCGCGGCUCUCCAUUACACUCCCAGAAAUAUAGCAGACGCACACCACCCGACAGAUCUAGAAAGGCAGGAAGACGUGUUUGUUCGACUCGAUGCAGCGCACGCAGGCUUGGGAACUGCGCGAUGUGGGCCUGCGACACUUGACAAGUACCGAGUUCCAUGUCGCGAAACCCGGUUCGCAUUUGUUUUCAAGCCGACUUCUAUGUGA